ACUCCACGUUCCGAUUUCUCUCCCUUUUCUCCUGCCUCGCAACCCACCACAGCCCUUUGCAUCUGUCUAUCUUUCUUCCCUCCAACUUUCCUUUCCGUCUUCUUCGCAUCAACUCGUUAUCGCAAGCGAUCAAUCAAAAGAGCCACCAUGUCAUCUAACCAUUUCGACGCCCAGGCAUCUACCAACUACAAGGAGGCUUUCUCCCUGUUCGACAAGCGCGGCAACGGCCGUGUUGCCCUCGACAGUCUCGGUGACCUCCUUCGCGCCUGCGGCCAGAACCCUACUCUAGCGGAGAUUCAGGAACUCGAGAAGAAUGUGGGCGGUGACUUUGAUUUUGAGACCUUCCAGCGCGUGCUGAACCGCCCAGGCGGCUUCCGCGACCCGGGCGAACCCGAUGAGUACUGCCGUGGCUUCCAGGUCUUCGAUAAGGACAUGACGGGCUUCAUCGGGGUCGGCCAGCUCAAGUACAUCCUGACCAACCUGGGCGAGAAGAUGACCGAUGAGGAGGUUGACGAACUGCUCAAGUCGGUCGACACCAGCUCUGGCCAAGUGAAUUAUACCGAUUUGGUCCGCACCAUUCUCGCCAACUAAGGCUACGUAAAUUACCCACGGUUGACUUGACCACCGGGAGAACCAUGACACGAUACGCGGGAACGGAAUCGCAGCGGGCACUCGGAAUGGCCUGGCAUGGCCGAAAUAACAUCGGGGGAUAUGACGGCGUUUCUUGCGUGUUAGUUUGUUUAGUAUUGAUUAUUACUUGGCAUGUUCAUAUCUCAAUCGACGCACAUUUCUCGGAUUACAUUCUUGGGUACUCGGUAACGUUCGCAUACUCGGUCUUCUGCGUUGGAGGGGUGGCUCUGUGUUGUGCACCCUGCGCUCUGCACCCUUGUGGACACGUGCGUAUCUCUGGCUGCCUACGGGG